CCUCGACCAGAGAACAUUGAAUAACAGGCGGAAGCGAAAGAAAAGUUGGUCGAAAAGCGACAAGUUUUCCACGUACAUUUUCCCGCCAAAUGAGUCAGAAAAAUUUUGCCAGUGCUUAAGACGAAAAAUAAAGACUUGAAAAGAACAAAAAGUGCCAGCAGUGAAUGGAAUACAAUUUUCUAAGACAUUAAAAAAAUUAUAAAAUAUAUACCAAAAGCUAUAUAUUAAAAAAAUUUUAAAACUUAAAAAAUAAAAUUUAAAAAUAAUAUUUUUUAUAAAAUAAAACACAAAAAUGGCCAUUGCCUACUUCAUACCCGACCAGGCCCAAUUGUUGGCCGGAAGCUAUCAGCAAAAUGGCCAGCAGGCAGCCACGAGUCCUAGGACAACUGCAACACCUGCUGCAGCACCGCAGCAACCGCAACCAUCGCAGCAGCAGCAGCAACACCAACAGCAGCAACAUCGGCCUCAGUUCCGAGCCAACAUUUCCGUGCCACUGGGCAGUCAGCAGGGAUCGAUGACCAUGUCGGAGUUCGGAUGCUGGGAUCUUUUGGCCCAGAUCUUCUGCUACGCUCUGAGAAUCUACAGCUACAAUUCCAGCCAUCGACGACCGACGGUCAUACAAAUAUCCUUCGAAAUCAGCAGCGGCAGUCAGAACAACGAUGAAGACGAUGUGACCGAUGCCACCUCCAAGGAAAACUAGAUUUGAUUUCCAUUUUUCAUCUGGGUAGAGAGAAGAUCCUAGCGAUUUUCCGGGAAAGGCAGGCUCAAUCAAAGCGCAUUGUGAUUUCUUUUUUGGGUAUGGACACAUGAGGAGAAGGAGAUUUGUAAAAAAUGGGAUAUUUCCACAGCAAAAUAAGAAAACUAUUUUUAAACUAUUUUUGAGAGAGAGAGGAAAAUUCAAAAUUUGUCAUCGAUUUGCUUAAAGUGAUAUUGAUUGUUUGUUACUUUUUUUGGAUGUCAAAUUUUCCGUUUUCAGUUUGAGGAAAGUGUUUAAUUUUGCAAGCAAAGGUUUCCCGGUUGGUUCAAAAAUACAUUAUUACUUCACAUCAUUUGGAGGGCAGGAAGAGAAAUGUGUGUAAUUAUCAUAAACCUAAUUAGUGUCUAUACAUACGAGUAAAACCACAAGUAUCGUACUCAACUAAAAACUAAUUGUCAAACUUUUGCAUUUCAACUACUUACAUAUAUAAAUCCUAAAUAUUAAAUACAGAACUACAAUACAGAACCAACAAACAAACAAAGAUGCAACCGCAGCAACAAGGACAACAAAAGACAACAACUCAAUUGUACAAAAUAGAUUUUAAGCAAACAGCAAAUUUUAUAUGUUUACAAAAAGAAAUGAAAGAAAAUGAAAAAUACAAAAUGUCUACAAUCUAGCUACAACAAAUAGAAUACAAAAACCGCCGAACCAAAAAUAUUAAAUGAAACAAAGCAACACAUUUAAGCAAUUUUGAUACGAAUAAUCAAGAAUAUUACAAGUCGAAAUGUAUUUUACCAUUAAUAUUGAUUUUAGCAAAAUUCAAA